AUGGCUGCCGCAGAUGCGUUGGAACGAGCCAAAGACUACGCAAAGGCUUUGGGAUUGUCUGCUGUAUGGCCUGUGGAAGUCAGAGAAGCGCAGUGGGGCAAUCAUGACGCUAAUGCUGUCAUGAAAGUGCAGGAGAAGGCGAUGGAUAUGAGAAGAUCGGUCUCUGAUUCGGAUCCAGCGUUUGCGGAUUUGUUCUUUGAGCCCGAAGAGGUCACGAUGAGCACGAGAAUUGACUGUAAAUUUGAGGCAGAGUAG